GAAUUUCACGGAUUCUAAUCCCAAGCCCAAUUUAUUUCCCUUUUGAAAAAAGCCCAUUUUAUAAAAGAAAAUUAAAAAAAAUUCAGACACUACCCCCUUGUACUAGUUGGAGGAGUCUCACUGAACUCAACUGCCAGAGCAAAACCUGGCCGGCAAAACAAGAAGCUCGCCGGGAAACUCAGGUGGAGUGGCCGUCUUCCGUCAGAAACUGCGAUAGAACCGUCGUCCAGAGAUUAGCAUUAAUCUGAAUGGGUUAUAUUCAGUAUGGUAGACACGGUCUUAGGAAUAUAUUUAGGUUUACAAAUGCAAGCAAUGUGUUCAGAAACUCCAUGAGACAACCUUUGGAGUGUGCAGGCACUACAUUACCCUCAUGUUCUCGUAUUCACGGAAAGGUUCUCUAUUCCACUUCUUCUGAUGCCAGAAUAGUGCAGGACCUUCUUGCUCAAGUAGAGAGGGAUAGGCUGAGAGAGAAAAAUGAUAGAAAAAGGGCUGGUUUAGACACUGCCGAUAUUGAUGCUGAGUCGGAGGAGGAUUACAUGGGUAUAUCCUCCAUCAUUGAAAAGCUUGAAAAGGGGAAGCUCAAGGAAACCACUGAGCUGAACCGAUUCGAAGAACAAACUGAUUCUGAUAGUGAUGAUGAAGAUGUUGAUGCUUAUCAGAAGAAGUUUGAAGAUUUUGAAAAGAAGUUCAAGAGGCAUGAAGAAAUGAUUCAGAGUUUCACCGAUGCUGAUACGCUUGAUGAUGCUUUUAAAUGGAUGCACAAAAUUGAUAAGUUUGAGGAAAAACAUUUUAAGCUUCGUUCUGAAUAUAGGGUUAUUGGGGAACUCAUGAAUCGCCUCAAAGUUGUAACUGAGCAAAAGGAUAGGUUCAUUCUGCAGCAGAAGCUUAACAGGGCUUUGAGAUUGGUGCAAUGGAAGGAAGCUUAUGAUCCAGAUAACCCUGCCAAUUACGGUCUCAUUCAACAUGAACAGGUGGGGCCUAAUGUGGAUACCUUGCAACAAUCUGGAUUUGAAAAGGAGAAUAAACCUGCACAAGGAGAGGAAGAUGCUGCAGCUGCUGACAGCGACGAUGAAGAAGAAUUUGAUGACAUGAAAGAAAAAGACAAUAUAAUACUGGCCAAACUUGAUGUUAUUGACAAGAAGCUCGAGGAGAAGCUAGCCGAACUUGAGUAUACGUUUGGAAGGAAGGGUAAAGCUCUCGAGGAAGAAAUUAGAGAUCUUGCAGAGGAGAGAAACGAGUUAACUGAGAAGAAAAGAAGGCCUCUUUUCCGGAAGGGUUUUGAUGUAAAGUUGAUAGAUGUGAACCGAACUUGUAAAGUCACAAAGGGAGGACAAGUUGUCAAGUACACUGCUAUGUUAGCAUGUGGCAACUAUAACGGUGUUGUUGGUUUUGCAAAAGCCAAAGGCCCUGCAGUUCCAGUUGCCCUCCAAAAGGCAUAUGAGAAGUGCUUUCAGAAUUUGCAUUAUGUAGAGCGACAUGAGGAGCACACAAUUGCACAUGCAAUACAAACAUCUUAUAAAAAGACCAAGGUGUAUCUCUGGCCUGCUUCCACUGCAACUGGCAUGAAAGCUGGUAGAAUAGUCCAAACCAUACUGCAUUUAGGUGGUUUUAAGAAUGUCAAGUCAAAGGUUGUUGGUUCCAGAAAUCCUCAUAAUACAGUCAAGGCUGUCUUCAAAGCGCUUAAUGCGAUUGAAACGCCAAGGGAUGUUCAAGAGAAGUUUGGCCGAACUGUGGUUGAGAAGUAUUUAUUGUGAUGUGCUGAGUUUAGUGCUUCUGGUUGUUUUCCCUUGAAUAUAUCUGUCUUUCCCAUGUCUACUUGCCAAGAAGAAUUUCUAGACAGUUUCUCAAAUGCAAUUUACUUGUGAACAUUCAUUAAUGCAAAAGGAACAAUAAUUUAGUAACAUACUUUGUUUUUAUGUUUGAUCAAUAAGGGUUCGUGAUGAUUUUCUA